AUGAACGCCAUUCAGAAAAGGUGUCGGCCAACACACCAAGUCAACGUCCGCAAAUGCUAUCCACGGACUGUGAAAGGCGCUGUUGAUGUCAAACCCAACAGCAGCGAACUCAGCUCACUUCUAUACUAUGCUACAAGUCGUCGCUCCAAGAUACAAAAGAUUGGUGCCUACCUGGAGAAGAAGACAGCUAGCGACGUUUGGCGUCUGCGCAUCGGAAAUGUCCAAGUUACGUUGCAGAUUCUGUCAGCCUUGAUGGAAAAGCUUCACAAGGAUUCGGUCCUUAUUGCUCCCUUUGUCCUCAAGAUCCUCGACACCGUCCUCCGAUCAAACGAUAUCACUAUGAUCGAGUCCUCCCUCCCCACGUUCGCCGCCUUUUGCGAUUACCACGACGCGGCUUUUCUCCUAGCUGAUCAGACAUAUCUCCGUCAGUACGAGGAGAUUGUCCGGUUAUAUGCUGAACUUGCUUCCACAAAACCUGCGCCAGGCAAGGAAUCGAUGACUGCCCCUAUUAAAGUUCGCUGGAGAAGUGCAGGCCUCGAGGCUAUCCGCAGCGUCUCCACAGCCGACGCACUUUCCUCGAUUACAGGUAGCCAAAUGGAUGUCAUCAUGCCUCGUAUCCUUGAGAAUUUGUGGUCAGGCACUCCCGAAUUUCUCGAAACCCUACAUCAGCGACUCGAAACGGAAGAAAAGGUCGAUGUCGAAAAGCAGAUUAGGCGGAGGACAAGCAUUGCCACAGUUGGAACCGAUGGCGGAAACGAUCCCAAUCCUGUUGCCCUUUCCGGAACUGCGGGCGAUGUUGACAGACUUGCCGAAGAGGAAGUAGCAGUCUUGGCCAUGCAGUGUUUGAAGAGCAUUUUUAUCAUCCCGACUCGCGCUCAAAUCCACGGUGCUACCGUCUCCCUCUUGAGGUUCAUCCAGGAAAAGGUGGCACAAGGAGACUCUGUAGUUGAGCUUCACGAUGACCGGGAGCGAGAUAAUGGCUGGGCAAUCAGCAUUUACAACAUCAUUUCGCGAUGGGCACCCGUGCAAGACCGAUACACCAUUCUCGUCGCAGCCCUUGAAACACUACUACGAAUUCCCGUGCAAGACUCCACUCUCGACGAACAACUCGCAUUGGUAACAAUCAUGAGCUCCCUCCUGCGGUCUGAUGUCAACCUCAUUGGGUUGAGUAUAAUGGAUGUACUCCUUGGUUUGAUCAAGCAAAUGAGGAAACUGUUUAGGCUACGAACCCCCACCAGCCAGAGCGACGACGGCAAUGCUGCCGCUGAAUCGGAAUCAGUCGUGCGCCAAAAGACUAAGCAUCUUGUGGACCGACUUGAACUGUGUAUUGGUGAUUUGGCUACACAUGUUUACUAUGCCGAUCAAAUUUCCGAUAUGAUUUCCGCCAUUAUCCUCCGACUCAAGCCAACUCGCUCUCAUAGCAUCAAUUCCUCUCCUGGAGGCGAAAAGAACGGUAAUAAUGAAGCUGGACCAGGCGCCUCAACAAUCGAAUUGAGCGACAGCCAACAGCUUGACCACUAUUUCUGCCUCAACACCGGGAGAGCUUCUGGUCUCCGUGCUAUCAAGGAGAUCCUCCUCGUCGCGAACCCCCAGAAGAAGCUGACUGGCAACCUGGCAUUGUCACGUAGCCCCGUACCGAUUUACAUCUGGGAGGGUACCCAUUGGCUUCUUCGUGAUCCUGACGGCUACGUUCGCAGGGCAUAUAUGGAUGCUCUUAUUACAUGGCUGGACCGAGAGACGUCUUUUGCGAACGAGAUUGCGGUCGAGGAGAAGCUCCCUCGUUCUCGUUCAUCCAUCAAGAUUAGUAAAGAGAACGGCGUCAACCGUCGAGCCGUUUCAAGUGCCUCCAACAGACAGCGAGGUUCAAAGCCACGCCAAUCGCAGUUCCUGGCUCUGCUGCACCUAGUCAUAUACGAUAAUGCUCUACAGUUUGUCGAGUACGAAAACGAUCUAAUUAUGCUCCACAUCCUUCUUACGAAGUUGGUCUCGCAGCUGGGUGUAAAUGCUGCUAGAUUUGGCCUCCCUAUGAUCUACCGCCUACAGGAGGAUAUCCAAGACAUCGAUACGCCUCUGUAUAAGGUGCGGACUGCGGCGCUUUGCCAUGGAUACUUCUGGGCACUUACCGACAAAUUUGAGUUCAAGGACUCUGUUAUCGGUAUAGCUAUCGAGCAAGAGGUGGCGCGUCGCCAAAGAAAGGGAUUCUGGAUUCAAGGCAUCAGCAUGCCACCUCCCCCAGUUCAUCGUGUGGGAAUGCCUGGCGAGGCUCGUGUACAGCCAGAAUGGGAUCCUGCUUCGCUUGAGAGAGAGGAGUUGCUUCCAUUUGAUGACAGAGAAUCACUUGUCGAAUGCAUCGUGUCGCACUACCAUGACAGCCUUCAAGCACCUCCCGGAAGCCCUGGCGCGUCCCCAGGAAGGGUACCCCCGGGGCCAAUCCUGGGCUCGAGUAUAAACUCUACAGCACAGGCUGAUCCCAACUCAGAACUGCCAGUCAUAUUCCGCGAACAUAUGCUGACAGACUGGUCCAGAGACGCAGCGGCAGCCGCCCUUGCCUCUGCUGGAAAGUCGGAAUCCAUGACAGGGUCGAAAACGGAAACGGCGGGAACGCGAGGUCAUCUAACAGUCAGGACGGAGGGCGCGAACGGUAACGGGGUUAAUGGCAAUGGGUCGAUAUCGCCUUAUGGGAGCCAGUACAAUCUGAUGACUGACUCGGCUCAUCGUGAAAAGGGUCGAGAAGGGACAAUCCCAAGGCAUCGAAAGAGCAGCAUGCGCAGUGCUGUCUCGCCAGCUGGUUCAACUGGCAACCGGGGUACCGUCGCCUCGGUCGAUCAGCUAAAGCUCGUGCUAUCAGGCAACCCUCCACCCAAGACGGCUCUCAUCGGGGAUGACGACAGUGGAGACAGCAUGGUCAGCUACGAUUACAGUCCUUCCGAGACCAGCUUUAACCCGGCUACGCAGAAUGAUCAGCCGAGUAGCCCGACAAGCGUCAAACGACCUGGCACCUCAUCCAAACGUGGGCCUCUGAGCGCACACCCUCCCCUUGGGGGAGCACCUAACCUGCAUGACGAGAAUGGCCAGGACGACGAGUCGGUGCCGCCUGUGCCACCUCUGCCGGACGUGAACUUGUACGGAGGAAAGAAAAGUCCUAUCCAAUCCAGAGGGAGUGAUGGAAGUCGACCUAGAUCGGUACACUCGCAGAACACGAAAUCAAUGGAUCUGCAGGAUCUCCUCCGAGGAAUCGACAGUCGGCCGAGUGAAGGAAGUUUGGGUAAUGUGACGAGACCUCCAUACUAG